GAGCAAAGGUGGCUCUUGUUAUGUUUUAAUAAAGAGAUUAGUGGCAUUUUGUCCCUGCCCUAGAGAUUUGUCAAACUUUGAACUUGAGAGAGAUAAUUUAGGGUAUCUGGCAGAAGAAAUUUCUAAGCAGCAAAGCAUUCAAGAGGUGACUUGGGUGCUGUUAAAGGCAUUCAGUUUUAUAAGGGAAGCAGAGCAUAAAUGUUCGGAAAAUUUGCAGCCUGACAAUGUGAUAGAAAAGAAAAAUCCCAUUUUCUGACGAGAAAUUCAAGCCAGUUGCAGAAAUUUGCAUAAGUAACAAGUAACCGAAUGUUAAUCCCCAAGACAAUAGGAAAAAUGCCUCCAGGGCAUGUCAGAGGUCUUCACGGCAGCCCUUCUCAUCACAGGCCUGGAAGUAUAGGAGGAAAAAGUGGUUUUGAGGUCCGGUCCCAGGGUCCCCAUGCUGUGUGCAGUCUAGGGACUUGGUGCCCUGUGUCCCAGCUGCUCUAGCCAUGGCUGAAAGGGGCCAAAGUAGAGCUUGGGCCAUGGCUUCACAGGGUGCAAGCCUGAAGCCUUGGCAGCUUCUGUAUGGUGUUGAGCCUGCCUGUGCACAGAAGUCAAGAAUUGGGGUUUGGGAACCUCCACCUAGGUCUCAGAGGAUGUAUGGAAACGCCUGGAUGUCCACGCAGAAGUUUGCUGCAGGGGCGGGGCUUUCAUGGAGAACCUCUGCUAGGGCAGUGCAGAAGGGAAAUGUGGGGUCAGGGCCCCCACACACAGUCCCUACUGGGGCACUGCCUAGUGGAGCCGUUAAGAAGAGGGCCACUGUCCAUCACACCCCAGAAAGGUAGAUCCACCGAUAGCUUGCACUGUGCACCUGGAAAAGCUGCAGACACUCAAUGCCAGCCCAUGAAAGCAGCCAGAAGGGAGACUGUACCCUGCAAAGCCACAGGGGUGGAGCUGCCCAAGACCAUGGGAACCCAUCUCUUGCAUCAGCUUGACCUGGAUGUGAGACAUGGAGUAAAAGGAGAUCAUUUUGGAGCUUUAAGAUUUGACUGCCUUGCUGGAGUUUGGACUUGCAUGGAGCCUGUAGCUCCUUUGUUUGGCCAAUGUCUCUCAUCUGGAAUGGCUGUAUUUACCCAAUCCCUGUAACCCCACUGUACCUAGGAAUUAACUAACUUGCUUUUGAUUUUACAGGAUCAUAGGUAGAAGGGACUUGCCUUGUGUCAGAUGAUACUUUGUACUGUGGACUUUUAGGUUAUUGCUGAAAUGAGUUAAGACUUUAGGGGACUGUUAGGAAGGCAGGAUUGGUUUUAAAAUGUGAGGACAUGAGAUUUGGGAGGGGCCAGGGGUGGAAUGAUAUUGUUUGGCUGUGUCUCCGUCCAAAUCUCAUCUUGAAUUAUACUCCCAUAAUUCCCACAUGCUGCGGGAGGAACCUGGUGGGAGAUAAUUGAAUCAUGGAGGUGGUUUCUCCCAUACUGUUCUUGUGGUAGUGAAUCAGUCCCAUGAGAUCUGAUGGUUUUAAAAACGGGAGUUCCCUGUACUAGCUCUCUUUGCUUGCCACCAUCAAUGUAAGAAAUUACUUGCUCCUUCUUGCCUUCUGCCAUGAUUAUGAGGCCUCCCCAGCCACAUGAAACUGUGAGUCCAGUUAAACCUGUUUCUUUUGUAAAUUGCUCAGUCUUGCAUAUGUCUUUAUCAGCAGUGUGAAAAUGGACUAAUACAAUGAUGUUGAUAGUUUUGAGAAGUACUGGUAAGGUAUGUUGUAGAAUUUCCCUCAGUUGAUAUUUAUCUGAUGUUAUCUCUUGAUUGAUUUGUGGUUAUUGGUUUUGGGGAGUAAGAUCACAGAGAUGAAGUGCCAUUCUUAUUACAUCAUACCAAGAGUACAUAUUGUCAACAUGACUUAUCACUGUUGAAAUUAAUCUUGAUCACCUGGGUGAGGUGGUGUUUAUCAGCUUUCUUCACUGUCAAGUUGGGAUUUUACUAUACAAGAAACUCACUAUGUGUAGUCUAUACUUAAGGAACGUGCAGCUAUGCUCCAUCUCCAGGAAUGUAGAGUAUCUACAUAAAUUACUUGAAAUUAUUCAUCACAGGAGAUUUGCCCAUUCUUCUCCAUUCAUUUAUUUAUCAUAUAAUCAUUUAUUUGUAUCAGUAUGGACUCACAGAUAUUUCUUUUAUACUUUGAGUUAUAUUUCAGUACUACUUUAUUAAUUUGAUUGCUCAAAUUGUCCUAGCUUCACCUAGGACAAUUGGCUGCUGUGUCCCUUUGACCUAUGUCCAUCACUUUGAGAUUUUUUUCUUUAGAGGUGGGAUCUUUUUUACUUUCUGGAACUGUAAGAUCCUCUAGGCUCAUCUUGUUUAUUCCCAGUCAAGCCCUAAAACCAGCCAUCUCUCCAAGGAGCCCUCUAUCCUUUUAAUUAGAAAAUGGUGUUAACAUCUAAAAUCUGAAGUGCUCAUUGUAAUGGGGGUGUUGUUGCUUCUAGCUUAUAGAGCAAAGAAAUAAAUGUGUGUAUACUACAGGUUCAAGUCAUUGUAUCUGGGCUCAAGUUUUCUCUUUCUUCACUCAGGUCUUCCAUGCUGACUCAAUUCUUAGAUAAGUUCUUCAUACUUGCAAUCAUGCUGGAGCAACUCCAGAACUAAGUCCCAAGGGGCAGAGUACGAAUAUCCCAAAUUUCCAACAAACUCUUACCAAAUCUAAUUUGGCUUCUUUUAAGACACAUACCAACUUCAGAACUGAUCACAGUAGCCAAGAAUAAUGAGAUAUUCUUUUGGGUUAAACCUGGAACAUAUGUUCCUUGCCAGAGACAGAGGAUUGACCCUGUUUGAACUACAUGGGCUCAGAACACUAGAGAAAUGAAUUUUCAGUGGUUGUUGGUGAAAAAGUGAAAUAUAUAUGCUGUAUGUUUGAAAUGAUAAUUUUCCACCAUUGUCAAUUAGUACUACUUCUAUGAAUUCAGAAAUCUAAAAUUGGCCACCACUUACAGUGAAGUUUUGAAAGAAAAUAAGAUAGUUACUUUUAUAAAGAGAUGCAUCAGUAAAUGGCUUGGGCUCUAUCUAUAGCAAAUGAAUGCUCGUAACUUCUGAAAAUUGAAUAGUACUUUACUAUAUUAUUGCAUGUAAUUAUUUUCUGCUUUAAAACUACAAAUAAAAAGAGUACAUCCAUUGUCAGCUUCCUUUCUGGUUUUGCUUUUUAAAAUAAUUUCACUUUUACAUAAACGGAGCAUUUAGGCUGGGAGGAGACAAAAUUUGUUGUCUUUUGUGGUUGUUGCUUUAUUUUUACUGUCUCCAUUGGUUUUCUUUAUUUACCUUUUUCAGUAACACAUUCAAAGGGAAAGUAGAUAGUUUGCUGUUCAUUCAUCAAAAUAUUAAGGCACUUUUUUUCCACUCCAAGGAAGUUUGUGCAGUAUAUUAAAAAGGAAAUAUUAUAGGAUGCAAAGGCAUUAUAAACCAAACAAUUACUGUGGUCUGAAGUUUUUGUUCUUUCUCAGUAAAGCUUUCAUACUUCUUUUUAAUUAAACUAGUUAUUAACAGAAUAAAAAUUCAAAUGUAACACAUUUAUUUUCAAAUUUGUUCCUUGAAAAUACAUACUAGUUUAAAGAUAUUAGCAGUCCUCCUAAAAGGUUGCAUCAAGUUUUUACUUGAAGGCAAUUAUUGGUUCUGUUUAUAUUUGUUAAAAUUAUUUUUUUGCUUUUAUUUCAUUGCUUUUCAAACCAUUGUAGAGACCAAAAGGUUUACAAAAGAAAAUGUUGCCCUUUAGCUGCCAUCUUGCGUCCCCGCGUGUGUGCGCCUUAUCUCAGGUGGUCCACCCGAGACCCCUUGAGCACCAACCCUAGUCCCCCGCGCGGCCCCUUAUUCGCUCCGACAAGAUGAAAGAAACAAUCAUGAACCAGGAAAAACUCGCCAAACUGCAGGCACAAGUGCGCAUUGGUGGGAAAGGAACUGCUCGCAGAAAGAAGAAGGUGGUUCAUAGAACAGCCACAGCAGAUGACAAAAAACUUCAGUUCUCCUUAAAGAAGUUAGGGGUAAACAAUAUCUCUGGUAUUGAAGAGGUGAAUAUGUUUACAAACCAAGGAACAGUGAUCCACUUUAACAACCCUAAAGUUCAGGCAUCUCUGGCAGCGAACACUUUCACCAUUACAGGCCAUGCUGAGACGAAGCAGCUGACAGAAAUGCUACCCAGCAUCUUAAACCAGCUUGGUGCGGAUAGUCUGACUAGUUUAAGGAGACUGGCCGAAGCUCUGCCCAAACAAUCUGUGGAUGGAAAAGCACCACUUGCUACUGGAGAGGAUGAUGAUGAUGAAGUUCCAGAUCUUGUGGAGAAUUUUGAUGAGGCUUCUAAGAAUGAGGCAAACUGAACUGAGUCAACUUCUGAAGAUAAAACUUGAAGAAGUUACUGGGAGCUGCUAUUUUAUAUUAUGACUGCUUUUUAAGAAAUUUUUGUUUAUGGAUCUGAUAAAAUCUAGAUCUCUAAUAUUUUUAAGCCCAAGCCCCUUGGACACUGCAGCUCUUUUCAGUUUUUGCUUAUACACAAUUCAUUCUUUGCAGCUAAUUAAGCCGAAGAAGCCUGGGAAUCAAGUUUGAAACAAAGAUUAAUAAAGUUCUUUGCCUAGUAAAAAAAAAAAAAAAAAAAAAAAAAAAAAGAAAA